ACGGAAGAAGAGUCUGCAGACCGAAUCCGUUAACUGUGCAUCCCUGGCUUGGUAAUGAGCGAUGAGCCAAAACAAAUGAAGGGUUCAGUGUUCGUCUCAGCACUGCUUUGUCACUGUUCUGUUGAUCUGUAGUUGGACUAACACAGAGAGCUGCGCGGCCAUUGCUUUAUUUGAUCUUAAUCUUGCUCCCAUUGCGAAUCACAGCGGAGAGAGGAGCAUAGUUAGAUCCCCGUAAUUAAGGCAUGAUGGAUCACCCUAAAAGAGACAUGAGCUGGGACAGUCAGUUAAACUCCAUCCUGUCUGUAGCUGAUGGCAGCGUCGCAAAGAUGAGGGAAAGACUGACUUCUGCUGGGAAAUUCCCCAAAGGAGCAGAAGUGAAGGAGAGUGUAGUUUUUACAAAUUUGGACCCUCCUGCUUCCCACGCAGCCCUGCCGGUCCAUAAGCCUCCCUCAUCUCUCGGUUCAGGUGUACAGUGGGCUGACCUUGCUGCCGUUCAGUCGCAGCUCCAGAUACACAGCCAGUAUCCCCCCGUUGCAACUAUAUCCCUGGAGUCUUCUUCUGCUCUUGCUUUCAAGCUGAUCGAGUCCCUCACGCAGAAACUCCAUGACCUGGAAAGGGAGAAGCAAUCCCAGCAAUACCACAUUCAGACUCUGCAAGAGGAGGUGCGAAGUCUGCGCGAGGAGCUCAGGGUCAGGAGCCGAGAAAGGGAAGACCUGAGUUCAGGAGUGGAGCGAAGGAUGGAGCAGUGGAGGAUGGAGGUUGGACGGGAGCUCAGCAGCCUGCGGGGAAACAUCGCCCAGGCCGCGUCGCGAGGCAACCUGGAGGAGAGCUUCAGCUCGACGCUCCGUCAGGACGAGCUGCAGCACCUGCGGAGAGAGCUGGACGCGCUGAAAACACGGAUAAGGAGACAGGAGGAGGACACGCACCUCCAGCAGACGGAGGCAAGGGAGACGCGAAGACAAUACGAACGCAGCUGCAAGAUGUUGGAGGAGCUGACAGGAAGCUACAGAACACACAGCAGCGAGCUGACAAAGACUCUCCGCCAGUAUUCUCAGACUCAGCAGGACGUCCAUCAGAUGAGAACGACUGUGUCCGAGCUGAAGAAUGAAGUGAGGGGUCUCACCCUCCGAGGACAGGAAUCACCACCUCUGCUGCAGGCGGCCACGUCAGGGGCCUCGCCGCUCCUGGCCCCUCCCAGCAGGAGCAGAGGGCUCAGGUCUGACGAGGCAGAUUCGGACUCUGAGGAUUUUAGCCCGACCCCGAGUCUCGCAGAGAUCAGCUCUGAUGAUCUGUCCUGGCUGGAGGACAAAGACCCCGCUCCGCGACGACGGGCCCCUCCGAGCGUUCGGUCCACACCGAGUGAUUUCGCUGGUCCGGGAUCUGAUGCGGAGGACGGCGGUGACGAUCUUCUCGACGGCGUGGAUGAUGAUGACCGAGAGUUAGAAUCUGACUUGAGUCUUAAGGACCUUUAAUGGGGAAAUAAAAGAAGAUAUUUUCUUUAUCUGCUGGGAAGCAGUUAAAACCGGGGCGUUUACACGCCGCUUGAAUAACAAGCUUCUGAAAAUUAAAGCGAGCGAGACAAAACACGCAGGCAUAUGGCUCUGUUCCUCUGUGGCCCCGCGAGAAAGGGAAAGAAAAUACCGCACGAUCACUCUGAAUGCACAAGCCACAGAGUAAAGCACGGCGGCGGCAGCGUCAUGCUGUGGGGACGCUUUUCUUAAGCAGGGACAGGGAAGCGGGUCUAAUUUGACAGGAAGAUGGAUGGAGGCAAUCUUUGUAGGAAACCUUGGAUAUUUUGUAAGCGCUGUCUUUACCAUACAGGAAAACAUAGUUUUUUUUUAAAUAGUUUUUUAAAUGUCUUAAAAUCCUAGUGUUGUUUUUUUUGUUUGUUUUUUGUUUUUUGCUAGAAGUGUCAAGACAGAUCCCACAAUGCCAGAGGGGAUUAUCUAGACCAUCUAUGUACAAUGUGACGAUUUUCAGAAAAUAGUUCCUCAUUCAAGUCAGUUUGAGGUACCGUUGGGACUUUAGCCGCAUGUUCCAACGAAUACAGAGCUGUGAACAAAAAAAAUAAAAAAAAUAAUAAAAACACAGGAGGCUGGCAGCUGUUCAAAGAUGGCUUUGAAUAAGCCCGUCUCUGACUCGUUUCAUGAUGUCUAGCUGUAAAGCCAGCAAACAGUGGUUUCAACAUAAGCCAGCCAAGCUACAUUGUGUGCAAUAGUUGCCACAGCUUCUGCCCCCAUGCAGCUCUGACAAUAAAUCACAGCUUCUAACACAGUGGCAGACUGAUUAUAAACCACAAUGUUUGAUCUUUAGGCAAGGGACCACUAAAACGUUUCUUAUUAUAGCUUGUUGGGGGAGGGGGGUACGGCUUUGAUGCGGGGAAGUUUGCUCAAAGGAACCGUGGGAUCCGUGGUGAGAUGCAACUGAUCUCUGGUUUGUUAAAGCAAAAGACAGUCCAAGUUGCCCUAAACCACUGUCUUCAGUGGAUCAGAUAACAAGAAGCAGAGAAAUGCUCACUAACCGACCCGUAGACAACUUUUUUUACUACUCUAGUGCAGUAAAAAAAUAAAUAAAAAAAAUCCCAGAUACCGUUGGCCUCAAAGUUUUAGCUAUCGUGGGUGGCACGCCGUCAGAAUCCAUUACUCGGCCCCGUGUGGUCGAGUAAUGGAUUUUAAAUGGCCGUCUUAUCCUCCUAUGGAGCGCUCUCCAGGCCAGAAGGAAUCCUGUGAGGGCUGCGUUUUGGCUCCUCUUAAAGCGGCAGAGGCAGAGAGAAAUUGAAAACCAUUAUCGAUCUUUAAGGAGCCGUGCUCUCGCCCCACACAAGACAGACGAUGGUCUGUUUGUGUCGUCAUGUCUGGCAUGGAUCGCCCUGGUUGUUGGGCUGGUCAACACUCAUCACGUCCACGCUGUAUGCUGCUGACAGGGAGGUUUUUCUCCCUGUGUGCUGCAUGAGGCUCACACAGUUCCUCUGCUUCAACUGUAAUAAAACACAGCUAGAAAUCCAACAAACACAAGACUGAAUCUAGUGUGUAAAGCAUUUACAAAGACACCUACAGCUUUGACCACAUUUAUUGACUCCCUUGUUAAAGAUGUGCAAACUAUUAGUCCAUGAACAUGAACUCACGCUGACAAGUUUAGAACAAGCCAACCUUUUAAUUUAAGUACAUUUGUUCAGUAUGUGAUAAACAUCCCACCCGGGUAAAUGCUUUUGUUUUCUUCUUUAAAAAACCAGUGGCUCUGAGAGUAAUAACAACAAUCACGUUCAAAUAAACAACUCUUUUUCUUUAGGUUAAACUUUUCUGAGUUCAUUGGUGUUUCCGUGACCUUUUUAUUUCUUAAUCAAUGACUUUAAGAUUCUGUCUGGCCCCAUUUCUCUUCCAAAGCUUGUGGAAACCUUAUUGAGAGCACCUGACACCAACAUUUGAAAUACCACAGCAUUUGGGGAGGGGGACAAGAACUGGUGGAUUCUAAAAAGAGUUGGUCAUCAGUCAGUUUUUCAACAGGAUCAUGAGCUAAUGGUUCCUCGGUCCAUGGUUCCAUGGCCAUCGCGCUCCCCAUACCUAUUUCCAAUAGAAAACCUGAGGGAUGAGCUGAAGUGAGCCUAAGGCAGGACCCAGGAGUCCGGACGAUCUAGGGAGAGCGUGCAGAGCGGAAUAGAUCCUGCGUUCACUUUAUGCUUCAACCUUGUGAAAAGUUAGAGGAGACUAAAGGCUAUAGCCAUAAGGAAGUUGUGCCAAGUAUUACCAACAUUCUAUCCUUCAAAUAUAUAAGGUGUCUAUUAUCAUAAAUUAAUGAACUAGGAGGAGACGUGAACCCUUCCAAUGGGAAGCAGAGGACGAUUGCUUCCGCAAAGUCCAUUCAUUUCUGAUAAUGGACACCUUGAAGGGCAUUAUCCUGCUUAUACCAUGGUCACUUACGAUAUAAAUAUUAAAUCAGUUAUCAAUACUUUAAUGUUUUUCAUAAGAAGCGGCUGAGGUAACCAGCUCUCUGUGUUGUCCACUCUGUUACCAGCUAACGUUUGAGCCAGCGCAAUAAUUUAGCACAAUCAGGCUAUCGGGACGUUUUUAUAAGUGCCUUAUAACACUUUUUAACGGACACCCUGCAGCCAAUCAGAAUCGAGUAUUCACUCAGACCUUGGAACAAAUAUAUUGUUUGAAACAAAGCUCGAAAAGAAACAGACAUUUGUUCCUAAAGUUCCAUGACAGCCCAUGAAUAAAAACCAUUUUCUUGA